AUGUAUUCAGCUUUAGCGACGCGCGCAUUGGCUUGUUCAAGCCUCCAACAGCCCUAUAUCCCUGGCACUGCAGUUACAAACUUCACAGCCGAGCUCAAGACGCAAUGGACGCCGGCAGGCUCGCCAAUCCCAGCCGAACAACUUGUGCCGCUUCUUGGUUUCUCAUCUUAUAACAUCUCCUACUGUCGUGUGGAGAUGACCUAUAACCACCCGGGUCAGAACGAUACGAUCAACCUUCAAGUAUGGCUGCCGGAAGAAUGGAACGGACGCUUCCAAGGUGUAGGAGGCGGUGGUUGGCGCGCUGGUGUUUUUGACCAGCUCUUGCUUCCAGCCAUCAUUGAUGGCUAUGCAGCAGCUUCCACUGAUGGUGGCCAUAAUGCGACUGAAGUCACCGCUACUCCCUGGGCGCUCCGAUCUCCGGGCAAUGUUGAUCUGGCUGCUCUGCAGAAUUUCGGCUCUAUCACUUUGAAUGAGCUUUCUAUAUUUGGAAAGAUGAUUACAGAGAGCUUCUAUGAGAAGGCUCCCACUUACUCCUAUUGGUUAGGAUGUUCUCAAGGCGGUAGACAGGGCAUGAUGUUGGCCCAACGCUAUCCAGAAGCAUUCGAUGGUAUCCUAGCUGCAGCUCCUGCAUUGAACAUCAACCCCCUUUUCGCAAGCUUGUUUCAUGCUCAAGCCGUCAUGAAUACCCUGGGAGAAUACCCCCCUAAUUGCGAAUUUGAAGCAAUUACGGCCGCAGCAAUUGCCGCUUGCGAUGCCUUGGACGGCUUCGAAGAUUCCAUCAUAUCCAUUCCAGAGUUGUGUUCUUUUGACCCGUUCACCGUCGUCGGUCAGCCCGUCGACUGCAGUAACAACAGCUCCGACAUGAUCUCUGAAGCAGCAGCAACCGUUGCAAACGCUGCCUGGUACGGUGUCUCCAACAAGCAGGGACAGAGGAUUUACCCAGGAUACUCUCUAGAUGCACCUUUGAAGGCAACGGUGGAUACGGCCUGCCGCAGUUCGGGUAACUGCUCAAUCUCCCCCUGGGCACUUGGCGCACAGUUCUAUCAACUUUUCGUCGAGAAGAACACAACUUUCGACGUUUCCACGAUCACUGCAGAAGUACUACCUGACUACAUGUAUGCCGGCUAUCAGCAAUGGGAAUCUUUCAUAGGCACCAACGAUGCAGACCUUACAGCUUUCAAGGAAGCAGGCGGGAAGUUGCUCAGCUGGCACGGUAUCGCAGACGACCUGAUUCCUUUUGGUGGCUCAACGCGAUACUAUAACCGUGUAGCCGCGUUAGAUGACGACGUGGACCAUUACUACAAGCUCUUCGUUGCACCAGGUGUCUAUCAUUGCGAGGGUGGUCCCGGGGCGCAACCCAUACAGUUCGGAUUACAACAACUUGUCUCAUGGGUGGAGAAUGGUACCUCCCCAGACACCAUACCAGCAAUUGGAAAACACCCGGUCAAUGGAACAGUGCUGUCAAGGGAUCUCUGCCCUUACCCGCUGGUGUCCGUUUAUCAGGGCGGUGCUGUAUCUGAUGCAUCCUCUUAUCGCUGUGUCGAUGUGAACAAUGCGUAG